AGGGAGGCAGGGAGCACACAAGGAUUUGCCUGAGGGUAUUAUAGUCACGACACGUGACUGACUCAUACGGUGCCAGGGUGGAACCUGAUGACUGAAAAAAUCGUGUGCCCGCCACAAGCCGCCGCAUGGAUAGGGUACUCCGCCCGCUAUGGCUGUCAAAUUUCCCCAAUUAUAUUGUGGAUAAACUGAUAAAGGAACGUAUGAAAAUCCUAACACCAAUAUUCAGAGAAUGGACAGUGAAGCUUCAACGGCCGAUAAAGAUGGAGCUGCUCAUGUCGUCACCAGUUCCAGAAAAAAACAAAAGGCUGAGAUGGAGAAACGGAAAUGUGAAAAAGCUCCUAAAAGAAUCCACAAGGCCGAGAGGGAGAAACAGAAACGUGAUAAUGUGAACACUCUAUUCUCAGAUCUAGCCAAAGUUUUGGAGCCAUCUGGUCAUGAUUAUGGGAAGGCUUGCAUGUUAAGAGAAACCAUACGAUUGGUGGGGGAACUAAUAUCACAGGUGGAUUCUCUCAAAAAGGAGAACACUGCUCUCACUUCAGAGUCUCACUAUAUGAGCAUAGAGAAGGAUGAGCUUAAAGAAGAGAAACAUGCACUUGAAGCUCACAUUGAGAGCCUACAGGCUGAAAUAGAUGAGAAAAUGCAUUCCCAGAACACCAAUAUUCAUUACUGCCAUCAAGCCCCUGAUAUCACUUCUUUGCCAGAUGACAAUCUUACAAGUUCUACAGCUGCGGUUUUGGUCGUUCCAUUACUUAAUGAUAACAGUGGGGUUGAGAGGGAAGAAGCAGCGCACAAUCUCCCAUCCAAUCUGAGUAGGCCCCGCCCGCGGUACCCGUCUUCUACUGACUCAUGGCCUUCACAUGUGCUAAACAGACUUCCCGGGACAACUGAUAAUUCUUAGCCCGGUUAGGCAAUGGAACCAUGAGGUUUUCUAAGUAAAUAAUGGAUCCAUAUGACACUCUUGUGUUCAAGGCGAUGCACAUUUUCAAGACUGCAGAGUAAUCCAGUUUGAAAUAGCUUCAGAAUCUUCUGAAAAGUCAGCAACUGACGUUGAAAUUAAACGGGAGCUUUCAUAGAAAAGCUUAUCUGCUUCAUACAAAGAAGCAGUUUGAUGAGGCAAUCUAAAGAAGUUGACUAUUUCUAUGGUAUCAAUGCUAUCAUUAAAUUGAUGAAUUGUUUAGGGAGUGUUUGCAACUGCUUCUGCUUAAAAAAAGCACUUUUGGAGAUGUAAGGAAAAAGUGAUUAGUAGUAAAAGUUGAUAGUGUUUGAGAAAAAAGUGAUUUUGAAAAGUAAAAGUUGGUAGUGUUUGGUAAAAUAAGUGCUUUUUGUGUAAUAGAUAAGGGAAAAGCACUUUUCACACGCAAGCCGAGAAAAAGUAAAAAUUGAUAGUGCUUGGUAAAUAAGUACUUUUUAAAGCCAAAAGCUGAGAAGUGCUUUUUUUAAGCUAUUGCAAACACUCCCUUACUAUAUGAGUCGGCUGCUCAUAUCUGUCGUGCAGUAUAUGCAGUUAUGCACUAUGCACACUUGGUUACAUUAGAGAUAUUGUGAAUUUUAUAAGAGGAGGGACUAACUGAGUAUAAGAUAAAUUGUUUUUGCUUAUUUCAAUUUUUGGAGAUGCCUAUAUUUUACGGGGUGUUUUGAAUUGAUUCUACUUUUACUUCUUUUUUAAAAGUAGAAGUAAAAUCAGAAUAUGCAGUUAUGCACUAUGCACACUUGGUUACAUUAGAGAUAUUGUGAAUUUUAUAAGAGGAGGGAC